AACGUUGAUUCUUCUUCUUCUUUCUCUUUCUCAUCUUUCUCAAAAACAAACCAAAAAAAUGGCAGAUCAGCUCACCGAUGAUCAGAUCUCUGAGUUCAAAGAAGCUUUUAGCCUAUUCGACAAAGACGGAGAUGGUUGCAUCACGACGAAAGAGCUAGGAACAGUGAUGAGAUCAUUAGGUCAAAAUCCAACAGAAGCAGAGUUACAAGAUAUGAUAAACGAAGUAGAUGCUGAUGGUAACGGAACCAUAGACUUCCCUGAGUUUCUCAACCUUAUGGCUAGGAAGAUGAAAGAUACUGACUCUGAAGAAGAGCUCAAAGAAGCUUUCAGGGUUUUCGAUAAGGACCAGAACGGUUUCAUUUCGGCUGCGGAGUUAAGACAUGUUAUGACUAAUCUUGGUGAGAAAUUAACUGAUGAAGAAGUUGAUGAGAUGAUCAAAGAAGCUGAUGUUGAUGGAGAUGGUCAGAUCAAUUAUGAAGAGUUUGUCAAAGUUAUGAUGGCAAAGAGAAGAGGGAAGAGGAUUAUGACAACUAAGCGUAGUAGCAAUUCUACUGAAAACAAAGACAAGAACGGUCGCCGGAAAAGUCACUGCCGUAUUCUCUGAGCUCCGACUAUUUUCUUCUUAAUUCCUUUACUUUAUAUGCUUGUGUGUAAUAAGAGAUUUGUACCUCACACACCCAUUAAACGGAUUUUAAAUGUAAUAUCGUGUUUGAAUAUAAAUUAUAAAUAAUU